AUGGCGCUCUCUUCUCCAAAGAGCGCGACUCCUUUCGUUCCACCCUCCCUCUCGUCUUCAGCCGUCGACGAACGCAACUGGAACGCCUCUGCCGCCAUCACCGAAUUCUACCGCUCUCCGAUGCACUCGACCACUGCUUCACGGGAUGGGCAGAAAAAUCCGGCGCCGCGGCCGCCGCUAGCUAAGGCUCUGACUCCAGGGGCGCGUCCAACGCAGUCUUUCAACGGUCGAUCACGGGGCAUGUUUCAGGUUCGGACGCUCGACGCGGAGCGGGAUACGCGGGAUUGGGAGGGGGAUGCGGAAAUGCGAAGCAGUGGCGGGAUGGAAGAACGGAGCGGAAGGGGGGGCGCGGCGGAACGGAGUGGGCGCGAGUUGGGCCGGUGCGGCAGCGAGAGGACCGCUGCGGACCGCGCCGGCGGAAACGAGUUCUCGUUUUCAACCAGCUCGUCCUUUCGCGAAACGGUUUCGUUGAGCACCGAUGCGCCAUCGCGUCGCAAUGAGUUUUCGCGCCGCGACGACUCGAUUGGAAGUGCGACCGGCAUUUACGCUCACGCUCACACUUUCACGUCGGCUAAUCCUCCCCUUUCCUCCUCCGGACCGCGCUCCGCGUCGCUCGAGCGCAGCCCCGAAAGCUACGGCGUGAAGAGCGCCGUGAGCAACGCCGACAUGUACGCUUUCUGCCCGCUCGCCGUCGCGAGCAGCACCCCCGGCCGCCGCCCUCCUCGCAGAGGGAUCGGCGGAAGCGGAAGCUUCUCCGGGCGGCACGCGCGCUCCCCUUCGCCACAGCGCGCCGCGGCCCCAGCUCCUCCGGUGGAGCCCCUCCGUCUCGGCCCGCUAAUUGCGGCGAUUGGUCAAGCGGACGUCACCGCGAUCCGCGACGCAGUGAAGGCGGUGCGCGCGGCGAUUAAGGCGACCCCGGAGAAUAAGAAGCGGUUGAUCCAAGCAGGCGGGGUCCAGUUCCUGAUUAAUCUCGUCGCCGAGUCGCCUGACGGCGACACGGUCGAGCACGCGGUGACCGUUCUGUACAACGUGUGUCGCGAGGAAGGUGGGCGCGACGCGAUCGUCAGCGGCGCGGAGGGCGGGCUGGAGGCGCUGGUUAAGGCGCUUCGGGCGGAGAAAUCAGCGGCGCGGGAGAACGCGGCGGCUGCGCUGUUCUGCCUUGCUUGGGGCAUCCAGACCGCCAGCGGCGGCGGGAAAGGCGGAAGGGGGUCAAGAGGGCCGUCGCCGUCGCGCCCAACCAGGGGACGAUCCACGUCAGUCGGCGCUAUUUCCACGUCACCAGCGGUGUCCGCCAGGUCAUCGCCGCACACCCCGUCCCUUCCCCCCUCCCCGAGUUUAAAGUCCCCCACGGCGUCUACCGCCUUGCUGCGCUCCCCUUACGACUCGAGGGAAUUCUCAGGUGUUUUCUCAGGUGCUGGCAACAGUCCCAGCCAGCCUGAGGGUUCAGCGCAAGCAGCAGCAGGGGUUAAUGAUGUUACAUCCGGAGCAGGGGAAGCCGCAACAGGGCCAGCAGAGGCGGCAGCUGCUACAGCCAGGACGGAGGCUACCCCUGGCGCUGCGGAUGCUACAGCUGGGGAAUCGAACGAGGAUUUGGAGAAUAGAGCGAUGGCGUUGGUUUCGUUCAUUGCGUGUUCGUCGAUGGGUAGGCGCGCGAUCAAGGAGGCGAAAUCCGCGAACGGUAACGGAGGGUUAGAAGUUAUCGCGGACGUAUUGGAUUUGACCACGUCACAAAAGGCUAGGCAGGAGGCUGUAAGCGCGUUGUUGCUGCUGGCGAGGCAUGACGAGGAGGCGAGGAGGGUGAUUAGUCGCGAAGGGGUUGUGCCUGCGCUGCAUAGGGUUACCCGCGAGGCGAAGGGUUCUGCCGGGGACAAGGCGAAGGAAUUACUCGUCUUGUUGCGAGAGCUGUCCGCUUCUGGCCAGUUGCAGGCAGCAGCUUAA